GUCUCCAGCUUCUCCUCCGCCAGGCGGAACCAGCUCUUGGGCCCGGCGGCCGCGAAGAACUUUUUCCCUCCGCCCCAACGGUCGCCGCGGCCAAGUGCCUCGCCCGCCUGGCGGCCUCGCCCGCCUGCGCCCUCUCUGCGCCCGGUUCCGCGCGGCCCUGUCUGCUUCUCGCCCGGCGGCAUCCGCUUGCUGCUGCCUCCGCCUCCUCGUCUUCUGCCCGGCCGACCGGCCCGCCGCCCGCCCGCUGCAGUGAUGUGCGACAAGGAGUUCAUGUGGGCCCUGAAAAACGGAGACUUGGACGAGGUGAAAGACUACGUGGCCAAGGGAGAAGAUGUCAACCGGACACUAGAAGGUGGAAGGAAACCUCUUCAUUAUGCAGCAGAUUGUGGGCAGCUUGAAAUCCUAGAAUUUCUGCUGCUGAAAGGAGCAGAUAUUAAUGCUCCAGAUAAACAUCAUAUUACCCCUCUUCUGUCUGCUGUCUAUGAAGGUCAUGUUUCCUGUGUGAAAUUGCUUCUGUCAAAGGGUGCUGAUAAGACUGUGAAAGGUCCAGAUGGACUCACUGCCUUUGAAGCCACUGACAACCAGGCAAUCAAAGCUCUUCUUCAGUGAUGGGCGGAUGGACUGACGGCUCUGCAAGAAUGACUCUCCUGUGGCCUCACACUGCUGCCUGUCUGUCUGUCACUCUAUCUGCCAGCUUCUCUAGCUAAAUACUUUCAAAGGGGUGAGGGGGGAGAGAAAUUCAUAACAAUUCAGACUACCAG